GCGAUAAUUCAAAAAUAUGGAAAAUAUUUACGAGAGGUGUUCCGAGAGUGGGAAAGAAGAAACAGGCACCGGAUUAGAGUCUAAUUUCACGAGUGUUUUUCAACAGCUCGUGGAAAAAACAGAGGAGAGAGGAACAGAAGGAACCACGUCGUGGGCCUCAGUCGAUUCAGAAGGCAAGGCAUUGGAGCACCAUGAAGAGAGCAGCCCACAGCAAUCGCAAAGCAAAAGCCAGACAAGUUCAACGAUAGUGGAAAGAAAUUUGGAACUUCACUUGAGUCUUGAAGCGCAGCAAAGAAUUCAAGAUAUAUUGAAUGAGGUUCGCCAGUUGUCAGAGAAAGAGAAGUUGCUUCUUUACCUAAAGCUGCCAACCAAGACUGGGGCGAUUGCGGAGGAGAGUCAACCAAUUCCUCUCUCGAAUACCCGCCAGGAACAGACCCAAGCUUUUCAAUGGAUCCGAUCGAACCUGGAAGAAUGCGAGAGCACCUACACACUGCCAAAACACGAGGUUUACGACGACUACAGGUCAUAUUGCGAGAGCCUCGGUGCCAACCGAACUCUUAGUGCGCCAGAUUUUGGAAAAAUCAUCAAAUGUGUUUUUCCAAAAGUCAAAGCGAGGAGGCUGGGGACGAGGGGGAAUUCAAAAUAUUGUUACAGCGGAUUGAGGAAGAAAUUGUGCAGGGAAUCCCCUGCCCUUCCUAAUGUGAAUGGAAGUAGUGGCGGCGAGGUGAACAACAACCAAGUGAAUGAUUGCAACGACCUGACUGAAGACCAGACUCUUUCGGCUGCAUGCAACCUCGUUUGCGAGUGGGCCAAUAAGUUGCUCGGGCGCGUAUUUACGACAUUGCUUGAUCUGGCGCGGUUUUUGGUGGGCGGCAGUUAUGUGUCGACGAAAUCCAUGGCAGCGUUCGUUGUCAUGUCAGCAACUGAAAGCAAAGUUCGCAAAAUGUCAGAAAAGUUACAAUUUCGCUCCUCCUCCUCAUCUACUAAUUCUAUCUCACCCGACUCAAAAUCAAAUUCAUCUGAUGGAAAACGGUCUCCAAUUAGUACACCAACCUCGGUUUCAAGUGACAACCUCCAAAUCAAGCCACAGUUGUCGGUACCAAGUGCUUCUUCCCAACCAAAAAGCUGCUACCAAGCAAAUCGCACUGUUUCAAAUGGAGGCUCUGAACGGCCGCAGUCAUUGCCUGGGCUUAAGGUUGCUAUUGGUAACCAAGAUGUGUUCAAGCCAGGCAACAAUCUAAUGUCUCCUCCACAAUGUCCUCCCCUGAAGACCCUAACGAAGGCGGUUCCACCUUCACUUGGUUCGCCGAGGUACUCCAAUGCAGUUGCACAGGCGCGUGGAAACAUCACUCCUUCUAAUGGUUUUGCCCAAGCGAGUGAUGGCACUUUCCCUGUGGCUCCGCAGCAACAGCAACAAAGCUUUAACUCACAUACGCAGAUCUCAAGUCCCACGCAUGCGUCAAAGCGACAGACACAUGUUCAGCGGACAACCACUACGCUCAAAAGGUCUGACUCGUGCCCAUACCCCUCUCAGUCACCACGAAGCAACAGGCCAGUUGUAGGGAGCGUAACCACAGCUUCCCUUUCACCAAGGAUUCAAAGUGACGUCAUUCGAAACCACAGUUGGCAAAGUCCAAUAGGGAGUCUAGAACCAAGCCCAGUCGGAGCUGAGAUGCAUGCCAUGAAGAAGAUGAUGCAAGACCAGCUGAUUUCGCCGCUGCACAGCACAACUCAUCAUGACAUCAUGACAACACCCGAAAAUAGACAGCCAUUGUUGCAGAGGUGUCAUUCGGUACCAGUUCCCUUCAGUUCCCCUCAAGCAGAAGUGUAUUCGGCACCAUUAUCCUCCCAGAUUGGGGCCCAGUCUGUCAUGUCGCCAAUGGGAGCCAACAGGGGCUCCCCUUUUGCCCAUUUAAAAGAAAUGAGAACCAAGUUUUUAAACAACGAAAUGCAAAGUAAUGCGAGGAGGAAUUUGACGCCAUCUUUUUUUGGAAGUGAUGGUGACUUGAAUUUAAAGAAGGCACGAACUCUCCCUAGGACUGUCGAAAAUGAGGCUGCCUCAAUCCCAGACAGAAAGCCACAAAUGGCAAUAAUCGACGAAUCGUCUUUAGCCUCAGUCGAUAGUUUAAUUGAUUCGCCGUUUUCACUGGGAGGAAUCGAUUCCGCCGGCGGCUGCAAUAGUGUCACCGAUAAUGGCGGGAGUGGCCUCAGCGACCUUGACGGCCUGGAUGAUGCAGUUACCAUGGAUUUGUUAAGAAGUUUGAACAGUGGGAAUAAUAUUUGGGCCAACGAGUGGAACAAUGUUGCCAUGCAGCUGAUGGAGACCAGCUGAUAGUGGCUCACUCGAAGUAAUUGCGCAGCAGUUUGCCUCCUUGCUAUGCAUAUAAAACUAAUCGGAGGCUAAAGUAUUUUAUGACAUCCCCGAGGCGUUUGUUAUUUGAAAUUUGUAAUUCUGAGAUUGUUAAGAACGUUAUUCGGAUUUUGUAGCAAAGUAUUUUACCGAUUCAAAGAUAUUUCCAUUGGAACAGUUUUUUCAUUAGCGACCGGUUUGAAGUUGCUUUUUGUAAGAAAAUUGUUAUCCAUUUUUAAAAGUUAACUACUCGGCUUAGCGUUAUAGAAUAGCAUUUGGCCUUGUCAACCAUAAGGGCAUUCAGGUGAUAGUUUAUUAGUUCUAUUUACAUACAUAUCAAUCCUCUAGGCUUUUUCUUGUCUUAGUUUAGUUGAAAUCUUAUUUAUUUAUUUUUAAUUUCGCUAAAAGAAACAACUCUAUUGAAAAAUAUGCGUGACGAUAUAAUCGUUGCCGCCAGUAUGGUCUUAUUUUGCACCGGAACUUUUAAUAUUAAUUGUUGUAAACCGACGCAGUGAAAUCCAGGCGAUUAAAUAUUGUAAAUCUAAAUUGUUUGUUUUGCAAAAUAUUCAUUGAGAACACAGCUUUUCCUCUUCAAAUCAAAUGUGAAAAAACUGCAUCCUACGCAAACAUCAACCAGAAAACAGAUAAAGUUGCUGAUGGUUUUUUGAAUCUCGAAUCGUCUUUUUUACUGAGGUUUUGUGCAGAGUUCGUAUAGCCUGGUAUUAACCACUCAGCCUCGUAUAAAUCUAUAAACCGUAUGCCUGAUUGCAUAUUUGAGGUUUUCGAAAAAGCAGCAAAUUCUUCUCCAAUUUUAAUUGUUGCUAAAUUUAUACAUGAUUAUCAAUGUUUGUAAAAUCCAUUUUGAAAGUCUGUCUUUUACCAUAAAUGUUAA